AUGGCAGAAAAAGUCCCUGUACCCGAUCUUCGCUUUGAACAGUCUUUUCUUGCAAGACUCAGGGCAGCAGCCAAUAGAAAAGCGCAAAAGCAGCAGAAAAAGCCCAGAAGCUUCCAGAAGAGCGUCUCAGAAACCACAAAUAAGGCCGAAAUCCCACCUCAAGGGGCUAAGAUCACACUUUCAACAAUCAUUACAACCGUGACAAAAGACCAGGUGAUUCUGCCCUUAGUGCAAGGCUUCUUGUUUGCACUGAUGAGGAUUACCGUUUUCCCCUGGCUAAGAUGGGUAUUUGGACUCGACCGAUCGGUUGGCGGUUCGAUCUCCGGCCACAGAGCUUAG